AUGCGGUCAUAUCUUGUUAUCUGCGAUCGUAAUAUCUUCAAAAGCCUUGACCUGGUCGGGGAUGAUUUUGAUGCCUCGAUACUACAACAUGAAGCCGGGAAACUUACCCGUGCUAACCCCGAAGGCAUGUUUCUCUGGAUUGAGCUUCGUACUGCAUCGCCACAAAACGUUGAACCACCAAGGCCCAGAAAUUCCCCGGACCCUGCUACUAAGAAGGAUAUUCACUUCUUAAAAUAUCCUAUAUACGUAGGCGGGAACAGGGGAAGGGGCCAAAUUUAUCCCGACGACAGCAAGAGUAACAAUACUGCUUAUAAUGCUACAGCAGCAGGUAUAGUAAGCAAAAUCAUACGAAAAGAAAAAGGUGGAUAUGAGAUAACCAUAACGGAUGCGUCGGAUGGACGUCAAGUGGUUGAUAUUAUCCCUCCCGGACCAGAACUUCUUGUUUCCGAGGGCGAAUCUAUCAAAUUUGAUCAACCAUUAACGAGUAAUCCUAAUGUAGGCGGAUUUGGUCAGGGAGAUGCAGAAAUAGUACUUCAAGAUCCAUUACGUGUCCAAGGACUUUUGUUCUUCUUGGCAUCUGUUAUUUUGGCACAAAUCUUUUUGGUUCUUAAAAAGAAACAGUUCGAGAAGGUUCAAUUGGCCGAAAUGAAUUUCUAGAUUUGCAGAUUUGUCGACAUCAAGUUCGUAAAAAGAACCAAAUUCUUGUUGGUGAUUAUUUAUGAUCAAAAAAAUAAAAUUCUGAAAACUCCUUUGUCUUAUUUAUACUCUUCUUCAAAAUCUACAUACUAUGUGGUACAAGGGAUUCCCAGCAUCUCGUAGAAAAAGAGUAUGUAAUGUAGAAUUUGAAGAAGAAAAUUUGACUUUCAUUAUUUUUAUUUCAUUUUUUUAAAUUGGAGUAGUGUGACUAUGUUACUAUUGACAGAUUUCAAUGCCAUAAGACGUAUCAAUAGUUUUCUAUUCUAAAUAGAAAGAAAGUCAAAUUUGUCUAAAUACUAGACAUAAGGAAGCAGGGGAUAAAUGUGGGGAA